AGUACUCUUAAUUUUCUCUUCUUCAUCAUACCCUUCUUCGUCCCAUUCUGCAUACAACUGCCGGGUCCCUCCUACUGCAAAAGUACCUAUUUUCGGACAUUACUGCUUGCACCUGGUCGCCGUUGCUCCACCAAAGCCGCCCACUAAAAUCGUCGUCAGCACCCACUGCCACUUCCGGGCCCUCCAAACGAUCCCCAGUUCGCUGCUGUUGCCCGCUUACGCAAACCCGGCCCAGCGCAGAAAAAUAGAGCACAGCAUACAAACCUUCACCACACACACAAGCCAGGCCAGCAAGCUUAGCACAGAAGCUUAAUUGGAUCAGUCAGCCCGUGCCGCACUACUCGACUGGCCCUCUGGCAAUUUUCCUUCUUCCUGCAACCCUUCGUCCACCUUCCGGCGCAUCCCCAGCGCUAGCAACAACCAACCACCAUGUCCUCCUACCAGCAGAAUCCCUACGAAACCGGCCCUGCCGGCGGCGAUUCCCACGGCUACGGCCAGGCCAACCCGUACCAGGAAAACUAUGAACUCCAAUCGCAGCCGUAUCCCGGCGAUACUACUACCCAGUCGCACCGCCCGGCCAUGACGCAAAAGGAAUUCCUCGACCGCGUGUCGGAGCUGCGCAGCGACAUCCGCUCGCUGACCGGCGACAUUGACCACAUUGGCCAGCUUCACCAGCGCACACUGGGCAGCACCGACGGCGCGGCCAAGGACCAGCUCGAGGCCUACGUUACGCAGACGCAGGUCCGCAACACAGCCAUCAAGGACGGCAUCAAGGGCCUGGAGCGCGACCUCUCCCUCACCACCGACUCGUCGCGCAACACCAAGAGCACCCAGCUGCAGUCCAUCAAGACCUUCUUCCGCUCCGAGCUCGAAAAGUACCAAGCCAUCGAGUCCGAGUACCGCCAAAAGUACAGAGAGCAAAUCUCCCGCCAGUACCGCAUCGUCAACCCCGAUGCUUCCGAGGACGAGAUCCGCCAGGCCGCCGAUGCCAAUUGGGGCGACGAGGGUGUCUUCCAGACAGCUAUCAAGACCAACCGCACCGGCCACGCUACGUCUCUGCUGGGUAAUGUCCGCGCUCGCCACUCCGAGCUGCAGCGCAUCGAGCAGACGCUUGUCGAGCUAUCCAUGCUCUACCAGGAACUUGCGACACAGAUUGAGCAGCAGGAUGCUACAGUCACUGCUACCGAGGACAUUUCGUCCAAUGUGCGCCAAGACAUCGAGCAGGGCACAAAACAGGUCGGCACGGCUGUUGAGCACGCCAAGCGAGCACGCAAGCUGAAGUGGUGGUGCUUUGGUAUCUGUGUGGCCAUCAUCAUCAUUGCUCUGAUUAUUGGUCUUGCCGUUGCAGGCAAUGCGGGCCUCUUGAAGAAGGGCUGAGGUACUCGCAGCGAAGCCGACCUAAAGAUUCCAAGUUUUCUUUUCUUGUAACGACAGUAUGGAGUAGGAUUAAUGCCGGGUAUAUAAUGGACGAGUGGUGGAUGGUAUAUGACAUUACCAGUUUAUGUUUUCGAGUUGUUGUUCUUUCUUAUAUUCAACAAAAUACUUUAGCACAUAAUACGAAUUCAGAUUCCCAAGUUUUUUCGAGAGAGAAGGGUGUCGAAAGUCCAUUAAAAAUGCGGUAGAUGUACAAGAAAAUAGAAAACGCAAAAACAAAAAGAAACUGGCUCCAGCAGCCACUGCCGGGUCGCCUUUUACAACAGAAUUACAAGCAUAAAACAAGAGUCCAGAGGUUUCUCGAUGCAAAAAAUAGCACAUGCGUUUCCUCCUUUUUGACCUUUUUUUUUCGAAGCGUCGUGUUCAUGUCCAUCUUCCCCUUGAGCCUACAAAAAGCGCGCCCAUUCGCUUCGUGCCUGGGAUGCCCCUAAGCUCCUAUUUCCAUUUGUUUCCGUCGGUUUUUCUGGUAUCCAUUUUUGGUUUUUUUUAUAAUUCGUAUCGUUGGUUUACAUACGCAUGCCGGGAGCACCGCCAGCGAGCUUGGCAGCAAGCUUGGGGUACUUCUCGGUGACUUGGACCUGCGUUCUUGUAGCCUCGGCGUAGGAGAGAGCGUUGACAAUCUCGCCUUCGGUGCGGGCAAGCUCGGCAGCACGCUCAAAGUACUUGAGGGCUUCGGGGACCUUGUUCUGCUGCAGAAGAAGCUGGGCCAUGGUGGCAACGGCAAUAUCGCACUCAGGGUCAACUGGAGAGAGUUAGCAAGUUUGUAAUUUUCACAUGAUAUGGAGAACUUGGGCUUACUGAUGAGGGCCUUCUGGCAGAGCUGCUCGGCCUCCUUGAAGUCCUGCUUCCAUUGGAAGAGGGCAAGGGCCUUGUUAAUCAAGGGAAGGACGUUCAUGGACAUGGGUUUGGUCUGCUUCUCCAUCUCAAUGGCAGUGUCGAACUUCUCAACGGCUUCGGCAAAGUUGCCCUGGUCAAGGAGCAGUUCACCGUAGUAGUUGUAGACUUCGGGAACCUUGGGGAAGUUCUUGAUGCAGCGACGGAAAGUGGCCAUGGAAGAAGCGAUAGAGCCCAUCUUGUACUGGGUUACACCAAGCUGGAUGUGAGAGAAGAUGAAGUCCUUGUCGAGGUCGAUGGACUUUUGGAAGUCCUUCUGGGCAUCGGAGAAAUCACCCUUGAUGAAGUGAGACUGGGCGCGGUGGUAGUACACAUCGGGGUCCUCCUUGUUCUGUUCGAGAGCGAGAGCGAAUUCAGCGUCGGCCUUGGCAGGGUCGCCAAGCUCGAGGUUGAUGCUGGCGCGCUUAAUGUAGCUCUGCGUCAGCGAGGGGUCGAGCUCAAUGCUCUUGUCGAAGUCGCUCAGAGCAUCAGUGUGGUUUCCAAGAAGGGUGCGCAUGGUGCCGCGCAGGUUAUAGGCGUAGGCCUCGUUGCUGCCAAGCUCACCAAGCUCGAUGGCCUUCUCAAAGGCGGCGCGAGCGGCCUCGUAUCCCUCAGAGGUCUUCUUGUCGAGACCCUGAAGACCAAGACGCAGCUGGCCGAGACCAGUUUCGAUGGAGACCUCGUCCGAGUCUUCGAGACCUUCGGGGCGGGGCUUAGGGCGGAAGGACUGGAUGUAGUUUCCAACGAAGAUGGGGCUGGGAAGCUUGGGGGUGCGGGUAGCCAUAAUCUCCUUGGCCUGGUGUUCGGCGUAGACCUUGAGGAGACGCUCGACGGCUUGCGCGGUAGACUCGCUCUUGAAGUUAUCAAUGAUGCACGAGGCAGUGAAGUCGAGAAGAGCCUCGGAGUACAUCUUCUGGUGCUCGUAGGCAGUGGCGCGGCGGUUGAUGGCCUUGACGUAAUCAGGGUCCAUGUUGAUAGCAGCAGUGGUGUCCUCAAUGACCUGAUCCCACUCGCUCAUGGCGCUUCGGCAGGCAGCACGGUUAGAGUAGAAGACGGGGUCGGGCUUGCAGAGGAUAGCCUGGGUGUAGAGCUCAAUGGCCUUGUUAUAGGCCUUGUCGCCGUAGGCCUUGUUACCGGCUUGCUUGAGCUUGGCGGCAUAUUCUUCGCGCUGCUGGGCAGUGAAGGUCUGGACAUUGUUCUCAUCGAUUUCGGGGAGAUCGGACUCGCUCUCUACGGAAGCAGCCUUGGGCUGGGAGGUCGAGGGCUGAGAAGUAGUGGCGGAGGUCUCGGUGACGUCGGCGGCCUUGCGCUCGGCUUCCUUGCGCUUGCGGCGCUCCUUCUUGCUAAGCUUGGAACCAGCAGUCGACUUGGCAGCCU